UGACGCUUGCCCCUUUGUUGGCUCAGUAGCGGUAGCAGCGGCCCGUGGAGGUGGCGCUGGGGACUCUUUUCUCUCGGAGGCCGGAGUGGAACCCCGUCUGACUGAGGCGGGAGCCGAGCGGCCCCCUUGCUCCCUCCCUCCUCCGCGUCCCCCCCCCCCGCGCCCGCCGCCGCCUCCAGCCGGCAACUGCCAACCGCCGCGCUUGGGGAGGAGCCGCGGCCCGCGGGGCCGGAGCCAGGCCUGCGUCCGGACAUUAGCCGGAGCCGGAGCGAGACCCGGAGCCUGGGCGUCCCCGCCCUCUCCCCACCUCAGGACCCGCGUCCGCUGGGCUCCCGCGCGUCGCGCCAUGGACUCGGACGAGGGCUAUAACUACGAGUUCGACGAGGACGAAGAGUGCAGCGAGGAGGACAGCGGCGCUGAGGAGGAGGAGGAGGACGAGGACGAGCCGGACGAUGAUAACCUGGAUCUGGGCGAGGUGGAGCUGGUAGAGCCCGGGCUGGGCGUCGGCGGGGAGCGAGACGGACUGCUGUGCGGGGUGACGGGCGGCGGCGGUGGCAGCGCCUUGGGACCCGGCGGCGGCAGCGGUGGUGGUGGUGGCGGUGGCGGGCCGGGUCACGAGCAGGAGGAGGAUUACCGCUACGAGGUGCUCACGGCCGAGCAGAUACUGCAACACAUGGUGGAAUGUAUCCGGGAGGUCAACGAGGUCAUCCAGAAUCCAGCAACUAUCACAAGAAUACUCCUUAGCCACUUCAAUUGGGAUAAAGAGAAGCUAAUGGAAAGGUACUUUGAUGGAAACCUGGAGAAGCUCUUUGCUGAGUGUCAUGUAAUUAAUCCAAGUAAAAAGUCUCGAACACGCCAGAUGAAUACAAGGUCAUCAGCACAGGAUAUGCCUUGUCAGAUCUGCUACUUGAACUACCCUAACUCGUAUUUCACUGGCCUUGAAUGUGGACAUAAGUUUUGUAUGCAGUGUUGGAGUGAAUAUUUAACUACCAAGAUAAUGGAGGAAGGCAUGGGACAGACUAUUUCGUGUCCUGCUCAUGGUUGUGAUAUCUUAGUGGAUGACAACACAGUUAUGCGCCUAAUCACAGAUUCAAAAGUUAAAUUAAAAUAUCAGCAUUUAAUAACAAAUAGCUUCGUAGAGUGCAAUCGACUAUUAAAGUGGUGUCCUGCCCCAGACUGCCACCAUGUCGUUAAAGUACAAUAUCCUGAUGCUAAACCUGUUCGCUGCAAAUGUGGGCGCCAGUUUUGCUUCAACUGUGGAGAAAAUUGGCAUGAUCCAGUUAAAUGUAAGUGGUUGAAGAAAUGGAUUAAAAAGUGUGACGAUGACAGUGAAACCUCUAAUUGGAUUGCAGCCAACACAAAGGAAUGUCCCAAAUGCCAUGUCACAAUUGAGAAGGAUGGCGGUUGUAAUCACAUGGUCUGUCGUAACCAGAACUGUAAAGCAGAGUUUUGCUGGGUGUGUCUUGGCCCUUGGGAACCACAUGGAUCUGCCUGGUACAACUGUAACCGCUAUAAUGAGGAUGAUGCAAAGGCGGCAAGAGAUGCACAGGAGCGAUCUAGGGCAGCCCUGCAGAGGUACCUGUUCUACUGUAACCGUUACAUGAACCACAUGCAAAGUCUGCGCUUUGAGCACAAACUGUAUGCUCAGGUGAAGCAGAAAAUGGAGGAGAUGCAACAGCACAACAUGUCCUGGAUUGAGGUGCAGUUCCUGAAGAAAGCAGUUGAUGUCCUCUGCCAGUGUCGUGCCACACUCAUGUACACUUAUGUCUUCGCUUUCUACCUCAAAAAGAAUAACCAGUCCAUUAUCUUUGAGAAUAACCAAGCAGAUCUAGAGAAUGCCACAGAGGUACUUUCGGGCUACCUUGAACGAGAUAUUUCCCAAGAUUCUCUACAGGAUAUAAAGCAGAAAGUACAAGAUAAGUACAGAUACUGUGAGAGUCGACGAAGGGUUUUGUUACAGCAUGUUCAUGAAGGCUAUGAAAAAGAUCUGUGGGAGUACAUUGAGGACUGAAAAUGACCCUGCAUAAAAUGAACUCUGAAAAUUUUACCAUCUAGAGUGCUCAUGCAAUUAAAACAAACACAAACAAGGAGGCACUAAGCCCAUUCUGAUACUGCUGGUCUGUAGUACCAGAAUUCUGUUUUGUUAACAGAAAGUUUAAGUAAAUUAUAUUGUAAUAAAAAAAAAGGUAGAUAAACCAUUGUACAACAGUAUUCUAGGCCGCCAAAGUGUGACAGACACACUAAAAGCCCUCCAACUUUAACUUGUAACGUAGCUUCAUUCUCAAAGCUGACUUCUUUUCUUUUCUUUUUCCUGAGUGUAGUACAGUUAAAAUCUAAAACAGGUCUUUGACACUGCUUUUCAUGCCCAAACCAGCCAUUUCGUUGUACUUUGGUAAAGGACCUCUUCCCCUUCCUCUACUCACGCAUACACCCACACGCAGAGAUUGAGUCUCUCUCUCACACCCCAAGGUCAUGAGUGAAUGAUGUUUAGUUCCUUGUAAAGAAAAUUCUUGGGGCGGGAAGUGGGUAGGCAGCAAGAAUUAAACAAAAAAAAAAAAAAAAACUUUGUAUAUGACUUUUAAAACAAGAGGACAACACAGUAUUUUUCAAAAUUGUAUAUAGCGCAUAUGCAUGGACAAAGCAAGCGUGGCACGUGUUUGCAUAAUGUUUAAUUACAGAAAAUAUUUAUUCUUUAAAAAUCUUCAACAUUAUGUCUAUUUGCUGUGCAUUUUCUUUCCGUUUUCUUUAACUUUCCACGGUUGAAGGUUGGGAUUAAAAAAAAAACUGUUGGUUUAGUACCUCUGGAAGACAUAAGAACUCUUUGAUUUCCCUUUCCUGAGAUUACUUUGCCCUCUGGUUUUUACAUGUCUGUUGCUGGCCAUGGGCCUCAUGCCCAGUGCUUGAUCAGGGCAAGGGAGUUCAAGCCCCAACAACACUAUGGCCUGGUUAAGGAUUGCAACAGGGAGCUUAGUUGCCACAGUGCAAGAGUAACCUAGUCCCCGCUUCAUUCCCCUUCAUGGCCUCAUGUAUCUUACUCAAGCCUUUGUGUGCACAUGUCAUGCACAGGUGAAGGCUUUCCUGUGCUCCCUAUCCAUCCAGAGGAAACAUUUCGUUUUUUUUCCUUUAAUUGCUGCUUUGAGCCUUUUAAGAUUUUGGUUAUGGCUCUUCUCUCACCCUUUCUUUACAUUAGGGUAUCAAAUAGAAUGUUUUUGCUUUAAAUAUAAAUAUAAAUAAAUAACCAUUCACUUAGUUUCAGAUUGUGAAUUUAAUAUGGCAGAUAUUAAAAUUGCUUGUGUGUUGCUGUGGGUUCAGUUUGAAGACAGACAUCCCUAGAACAUGAUAUUCCCAUCUAGUGCACAGAAAUCACUGACUUUGCUUCUUUUCAUUGUCAACAGAUAGGAAAAUUAAUGAUGCAUUUUAGCUGUGAUGUCCAUUUUUAUGAAAUUUCUACUAAGAGCUAUGUUAAAAGUAAAGGAUGGUGGUGGUUUUAUUAAUUAUAUACCUGUUUAGGCCAUUCUGGCUGUGGUAUUUUUCAACAGGUCAGCAUCCCUCAAUCUGUCAGUUUUAUACAGGAGUGCAGGGUGAAUCGGCAACCAGAUUAAGAGGUCUUACUAUUAAAUACCAGUUUGGGUUGAGGACCUCUUUGUCUUCCUUUUACUGUCUUGCGCCUAGGGAGGGUUUACCUGUUCUGAGGCGGCUUUGCCUGCUCUUGCAGUGUACAUCGUAUUACUCCAUUGGGAAGUAGGUUCACUUUCCUCUGGCCUUUUGCCUAAGUUAGGCUUUCCUGAAUCAACCCACUUUUCCUUUUAGAAAAGGUUGUUACAUGAGAUGUACUUGCAACUGUUCUUUUCCCCAUCAAAAAUUAGUGAAUGUUUCCUGAGUAUAUUAUGCUGCUUCCUUAAACCUCUUGUCGCUUUAGGAUCAACUUCACCUGUACCUUUAAUCCUUUCCCCCUUGUCACCUCAGGUGCAGAUCAGAACUCAACGUCUGCUUCUUCCAUGUCCUCCUCUCCCCUGACAUCCAUUUAACUUUAUUUUAAAUGACUGUAUCAAUCUUAAAAGGCAUUUAUCAAACUAAGGAUUUUUUUUUUUUUUUUGAAGAAAGCUUGAAUAAGUUCCUUUCCCUGGUAACUUUGAAAAGCAGCCAGAGUUGCUAUCAAGAUAUAUGUGGCUCCCUUAAUCAGAAUGUUUUGUGUAUGUGUGGUGUUUUUAAGAAAAUUUUAACCAGUUAACUGCAGUAUCUAGGUUUGUGUCAUUACGCACUCCCCUGUAACAAGUAUCCAAAUACAGUGUGUGCGCUUCAGAGUAUCAGCCCCUACCCGUGGAGGAGCAGUGCUUUUUAGAGAUGCUUUCUAGUUUGCCUCAGCAUAUUAUCUGAGGGUAUUGCAGUUGUGGGUGCGUUCCCUAACUUGUGUGAAUCAAGGUGAACUGACCGUUUUUAAUUCCAAUCUUUUAACAACUAUCUCCAUAUUUGACAGUAUUCCCUGAGCUCAAUGCUUUCAUUGUUAGUAGCUUCAGUGACCCCCAGCUGAGAUACAGGCAAGCCAUAUUGAAUGACAGCUUCCCCAUUUCACUUACCUAAGUCUAUCAAGAGGGCUCUAUUCGUGGUAAGCACCAGGGUCUCCCUGUCUUCUUGAGGGCAGUUACAUUGUCUUUUGAAAAGUGCAUGCUUCAUUUGAACAAUUCAUUGAGCAGUAGAUGGACUUUAAAUGAUUUAUAGUAAAAUUUUGAUCCAAAGCUCAGGACACAAACCACAGUGGUAAACUGAGUAGCAUAUAAUAUUAUCAGACUAAAUUCUGUGUAAUUUGCUGCGACCCAGAUUGUAUGUGUUUUAUGUGUGUUUAAAUAAAUAAUUAAAUACACAUGUGUAUACAUAAACACAUAUAUAACAGAUCCAAAACUGACUGACUUGAUUUGAAAUGGUUGAAUCUGCAGUGUACAAUGUGAUUCAGCCGUAAUUAGGAACUGAAAUUUAGUACAAGACAGAAAAGAACUUGAUGUAACAAAUUCUUUUAGUUGCAAAUCCUGGGUAUAGAGCACUUGGGGGUGGGAGGGGGUGGGUUGGUGAGACAAUCAGAUUGGUAAAUUUAUUAAAUGCUCCUAACCCUGUAAUUUUGUGCAUAGAGCGCCCUGUGCUGUGGAAAUAACUGUUCUUAGAUUUUCAUUGUAACUGGACUGUUCAGGUUGCCCAGAGGGAAAGAACAUUCCUAAUUCUAAUAAAAUAAACUUUUAUUUUGUUAUUC